AUGUCCCGUCUCAUCCUCGCCGCGGCCCUCUUGGCUGGCGUCCAAGCUCAAUCCUCUUCGACCCAAGUCACCGUCGUGGUCCCCCCGACUACGACCGUCACCCCUGGCACCGUGUCCACCGUGACGCCUGCCGGUACCACGGUCAUUGCCUCCGGCACUGACACCACUGUGACCGUCCCGGCAUCCUCCAGCGCCAGCUCCGUUGUCGGAACCGCUUCCUCCGUGGUCACUCUGCCGGGAAGCGACACCGUCACGGUCUCCGCCCCGACGUCUACCACCGUGAUCACGGCCACGGACGUUUCCGGUGCUACCACCAUCCCGGUCACCACCUCGACUUCCUCCUUCAUCAACUCUGGCUUGUCUCUCUCCACGACCUUCACCACUACCACUGACACAACCAUCCUCACCGUUCCUCCAGCGGUCAACACCUCCCUUCCGGUGCCCCCGGUUGAUCCCAACCAAAGUUUCAUUUCGACCACAGUCGUCAUCGGAAACUCGACGACCGUUAUCCCCUUCGUCCCGAUCCCGCCUACAGUCGCACCCGUACCUCCCCCUAACAACGGCACCGGUCUCCCGUUCAACAACGGGACAGGCCAGCCUACCAUCACCCUGCCUCCUCCCGUUGUGACCAUCGCUCCCCCUAUCGUCACUACGACUUGCAACUAUAACGGUACUUGCAACAUCAUCACCCUCCCCCCUCCCGUCGUGACCAUCCCUCCCCCUACCGUCACGACGACCUGCAACUACAACGGCACUUGCAACAUCGUCACUCUCCCGCCUUGCGUCACCGUCACAACCUGCUAUGCCAACGGAGCUUGCGUGCCCGUAACAACUAUCACCUACCCCAUCACAACUCCCACACCUCCCAUCGUCCUCCCUCCUCCUACGACUCAGCCGUACGUGACCACCGCCACACGCUGCCGCUUCAACGGAACUUGCGAGACCAUCACCAGAACUUACCCCAUCCCGCCUAUCGUCACUACCGGUCAGACCACCAGGACCAGAUCCUACACUACCUGCGAUUCUAGCUGCCGAGUCGUCACGACCGUCCAGACCUCAAGCUACACCCGUGUCAUUCCCCCUGCCAGCUUCACCACCCGCCCUACUAUGCCCGGAACUCCCCAGCAACCUUCCCAACCUGGCGUCCCUGGAACUCCUCAGCAGCCGACUAUCCCCGGCCAACCCCCCGCUCAGCCCUCCGUGCCGGGUACUCCUCAGCAGCCUUCCCAGCCCGGUGUCCCCGGCACCCCCCAACAGCCUUCUCAACCUGGUGUCCCGGGCACUCCUCAGCAGCCUUCUCAGCCUGGUGUUCCUGGCACGCCUCAGCAGCCGACCCAGCCUGGUGUUCCUGGCACGCCUCAGCAGCCAACUCAGCCCGGCGUGCCUGGAACUCCCCAGCAGCCUACUCAGCCUGGCGUUCCGGGAACCCCUCAACAGCCCACUCAGCCGGCCGGCCAGCCCCCUGUCACUCCGGGUAAGCCUACUACUGCCGUGCCGCCCGUUGCGACCGGCACCAGCCCUGGUUCAAGCCCCACGCCGGUGGUCACCGCCGGCCAGCAGGCCCUGCGUGUCGAGAUGAUGAGCUUGGUUGGAGCCAUCGCCGCGGGCAUGCUCCUGUUUUAA